AUGUUUCAACAGCCUAGUUAUGAUCAAGAUCCAAAACAUACAAGUACUUCAUCGUCAGUAUAUUCUCCAAUAAACAGUGAAUUUCCGCAUAAUAGUACAACUUUUCAUCCAGCUGCAGGUACAAUACACGAAGAAGUCGAUGAUGAUAAUAAUAAUAAUAAUAAUAUUGAAACUCAAAAAAGAUUAGUUCCUGAUGAAUCUUUUCAAUCUUAUAUGACAGCUAAAACUAAAUUUUAUCAAAAAAAUAAUUCAUCUUCAUUAUCAUCAUUAAAUGAAUCUAUGCAAAAUCAUUCAAUAACGAGUAUAGAUAAUGAUAAAACCCCUAUUUUACAAAGUAAUUCAAAAUUUGAUCAAACUCCAAAAGUAGAUGAAAAUGGUUUCUUACAAGUAAUGGAAGACGAAGAAGAAGAAGGAGAAGGAGAAGAAGAAGGAGAAGAAGAGGAGGAGGAAAAUAACAGACCAUUACCACAACGACAAUUAAGUAAUAAAUUUAAAAGAUUAUCUGUUAAAUUACAAAAUCAAAGAGCUUCAACUGAUUCUCAUAAUUUUCUAAAUAAUUUUCAACAGAACCUAGUAAAAUCAACAAAGGAAAGAACUAGUUAUUAUCAAAGAUUAGAAGAGAAUAAACCAAGUAAUGAUGAUGGAUAUAUAAGUAAUUCGUCUGAAUUAAGUUCAGUAGCUUCUACUAUUUCCUCAAAUCGAGAUUUAGAUCAUAAUAGUACCAAUUCAUCAAAUCAAUUUGUAUUCAAUGGUAAUUUACCAUCUUCAUAUAAUUUACGAGGUUCAAAAGUUGGUGAUGAUAUACCCGCACGUAAAGAUUUAGUAGAAUCAGAUAAAAUUAAAAGAUUAAAUGAUAGUCAAAGUGAUCUUGGUGGAUUAAAUAUACUGGUUAAAGAUAAGGAGGAGGAAGAAGAAGAAGAUUUAUCGUCACUAUUUAUCAGAGCUUUACAUUCAUUUGAUUCUUCAACCUUACAAUCUGAAUCUGAUGCUUCUAUUUGUUUAUCAUUUGAUAAAAAUGAUUUAGCCUUUGUUCAUACUAUUGAUGAAUCAGGAUGGGGUGAAGUUACUUUAAUUGAAUCAUUACAAAGAGGUUGGAUACCUAUGAAUUAUUUUACAAUUGCAAUUACUGAUAGUGAAGAUGAAGAACCGCAAAUGGAAGAUGAUGAUGAUGAAAUUCCAAAUAGUCAUUACCUUAAAUCAUUAUUUCAUUCAUGUGGUAAAUUUUUAUUAAAUCCAUUGAGUCAUGAAAAUCGUAGAGGAAAAUUUACAUUUUCAAUUAAGGAGGUUAACUCAAUACGAGAUGGUGUUAGAUUAUUAUUACAGCAAACUGAUUGUUUAUCUAGAUCAAAUGAGAUAGUAACAAAGAGACCAAUUGUAAGGAAGGCAAGAAAAUCAUUAUUAGCAGAUUGGUAUAAUUUAAUGCAAAAAGCAAAUGAAUUCAAAGGAACUUCAAAUUUUAAUAAAAUUGAGAUUUUAACAUUAAUGGUAUAUCAAGUAUCCAAAAAAGCUGUAUAUUUUUUAAAAACAUGGUCAACUGAAAGUAAGAAAAUCGUUAAAAGAGAUAAUGAAAAGAAAUUACAUGAUGAUUUAAAUAAUUAUCCAUUAUUAGAUACUCCACCAUUAGCAAGACAAAGAAUAACAGAAAUAAAUGGUAUAUUAUUUUCAUAUCUUGGGUUAAUUAUUGGUAGAUUGGAUUUAAUCGAACAUAAUAAUAUUGGAUGUGAUAUUUUAGAAACUAUAGCACAUCAAAUUAUACUAUUGUUAAGAGAAUUAUUAUUCAUUUCAAAAGCGGGUAGUGAUUUUUCAUCUGAGAAACCAAAUAAUUUAGACAGUUCAUUAGAUGGCUUAUUAUCCUUAGUUAGUGAUUUAGUCAGUGGUGUUAAAAACUUAGUAAUACGAACUUUAAAUGAAUCAGAACAAGAUAGAAUUCAAAAUGAGAAUUAUCAAUAUACUGGAGAAGGUGAAGAAUUGAUACAAAUUGCAUCUAAAAUGAUUAAAGCAAUAAGUUUGACAAUAAAUUCAAUUAGAAAAUUACUUGAAGUCACUGGUGAUUUCAAAUUAAAUGCAGAAAGAUCAUAUCCAGAUUAUACAAAGAUGAAAAUUGAUUCAAAUGAAUUUAUAAAACAAUGUUCAAAAGGUUUAAAAAUACCGAAAAGUAAAGGGAAAGUAAAUAAAUCAAAUAGAUAUUCAAUUGUUAGAUCUGGAUCUGGUGAAAUUACGGAAGGUGGUGCUAAUUUCUUACAAUCAUUAAAUGAUUCUCCAUUUACUGUAUCUGCUGCUGAAUUUGAACCAUUUACAACUGAAGGUAAAAGUGAAUUGAAUAUAGAUAGUGAAUUAUUAAUUGAAAAUGGGAAUUUAGUAGGUGGAUCAUUUAGAGCAUUGGUUUAUACCUUAACUAAUGAAGAAUCUCCGCCUGAAUACUUUUUUGUAUCUACAUUUUUCAUAUGUUUUAGAAGUUUUGCAACUGGAUUAGAUUUAAUUGAAGAAUUGAUAUCUAGAUUUGAAGUGGGGAAAACAUCAACUGAUAUAAAUAUAGAAUUGGCUUUAAAGAAAAGAAGAAAGUUGAUAGUGAGGAUGUUUCAAUUAUGGAUGGAAAGUUAUUGGAAUGAAACUGAUCAUACUUUAUUACCUACAUUGAUAAACUUUUUUAAUGAAGGUUUGAAUAAUCAUUUACCUUUAGAUUCAAUGAACUUAAUUGAAGUAGCAGCAAGAUUAACUACAAAACAAGUUGGUGAUAAUAGUCGAAGAAAUAAACAAAAUAAACAAUUGAUAGAAAGAAGUAUUGCAAUUAAACCAGAAGCAAAUACAAACAUAUCUCGAUAUUCAAUGGUUGAUGAUUAUGAAUUAUCAAAAAUUAAUACAAAUUCAUCAGCAUCUUCAAAAACAAUCUUACCUAUGCCAUUAGGAGUAGGAAAUCAAACAUCAUCAUCAGGAUCAUUACUUACUAAAUCUCAAUUAUCAACAAUUGAAAAAUUAAACUUAACGUAUAGAUCAAUAUUGAGAACUUCAUGGACUAAUGAGAAAUUUUUAACAACUCCAUAUGUAUCAUUGGAAUUAUCUGGAUUAUUAACCAAUUUUUACUUAUGUUGUGAUCAAAGUUGGGUAUUAUCAAAUUAUAGACCAAACUUGUUGGAUUUUAAUGGUUUGGAAUUAGCUAAACAGUUUACACUAAUUGAAAAUCAAAUUUUUUGUUCUCUAAAACCUGAAGAAUUGUUAAAUCAAAAUUUUACGCAAAAAAGGGCACAUUUAAAAUUAGCACCAAAUGUAAGAUUAUCAUUAUUAUUUACAAAUUCAUUAAGUGAUUAUGUGAUUGAAUCAAUUUUACAACCAAACAUAUCUUCCAAAAUGAGAUUAAAUAUAAUUAAAACUUGGUUAAAAAUAGGUAUUUCAUGUUUAUAUUUACGUAAUUUUAAUUCAUUAGCAGCUAUAAUAACUGCAUUACAAUCACAUUUAGUCACAAGAUUAACUAAAGUUUGGUCAGAAUUGAGUGAAAAAUACGUUGAAUUGAAUUCAUACUUAUCUUCAAUAAUACAUCCCGAGAAAAAUUAUGGAGUUUAUCGAUCAUUGCUAAGAAACUUUCUUUCUCAAAAUGUUUCAAUCCCUAUAGUUCCUUAUUUUUCAUUAUUCUUACAAGAUUUAACAUUUGUAACUGAUGGGAAUUCAAAUUUUAGAAAAGCAAAUACGUUCCUAAAUCAAAAAUUGAUAAAUAUUGAUAAAUAUUUGAAAAUUACCAAAAUUAUAGCUGAUGUUGAAUGUUUACAAGUUUCAUAUGUGAAUCCAAAACAGAAUCUUAAACGAAAUAGUAUACUUUCAUUUAAAGAGGAAACUAAACCUGAUGAUUAUUUUAUUAAUCCUUUGCCUAAUUUACAAGAAUUAAUAUUGUUGGAAUUAUGGAAAGUUGUACAAUUGAAUAAACAAGAAGACGAUAGAGCAUGGAAAUUAAGUUGUGUAAUACAACCAAGAGAUAAUUAA